GUUUCCAUGGCCAACAUGGGCUCUCACUGACCACACAAAAUGAACUCACUCCUUUGUUUAUCAGACUCUGCUCUCUGUACAGUUUAAACGUAGUAUACAGCAUGUAGUCAGUAUCAUUAGGGCGGCGCAGAGGAAGCAACAAAACGGUAUGCCUCGGAGGAAACGGACCACACCUCAGAACGAAGGACGGAGAAAACUUCGUCGCACUGAUGAUAAUCAGGAUGAGGACACGUUGGUCAUCUCUGACUCCGAAAACGAGCAGGAAGAAAAUAAUGUCAUCAAAAUGUCACCAAGGGAAGCCCGGAGGAGAGAGAGGGAGAACAGGUCACAAAUGCAAGACAUGACUGAGGAAGAGAUGUUGGACCUGGCUAUGAGGCUAAGUAAACAAGAGGCAAGCAGUGCUGCCCAAAGACAACAGCUGGAAGACGAUGACAUGAGAAAAGCCAUUGCCGAAAGUCUUCAUGUCAGCCAAAGCCAGGCUUUGGAAGUGACCUCUGAGCCAGCUAGCUCUACAGCAAAGCUUAGUCAAGACCCAGCCACUGUGACCACACAUUUGAGACGCAAGCUCUCCUUCCCCUGCAAGACUGAGAUGACCAGGGCCGGUGACGAUGAGGUCACUCCUGCAGCUGAAAGUGGCGAGGACAGCAUGCAGGAUAUUAAGCCACUGCCGCCAAUGCCUGAUCUUUCUCAAAAGACCUUGUCACAGCCCUCACCUCCAAGCCCAUGUCUGCCUCCUGUGCCUUUUACAGCUUCUCAAGAAUGCCUCUCUACACAGUGGAAGGACCCAGAUGAACAAGUACUUAAAACAGACUCUCCGAAGGAUGAGCCUUCACAGGGUGACUCUCAGGCCCAGAGUUCCCCUAUUUUUCUUCAGCAGUGCAGUAUAAGACUGAGCCAGGAUGCAAUGAUCACCAGCAGAGCUUCAUGGAAUCCCCCGUCAAUGCAGGACAGUUCUCUCAGCUUAACCUGUCCUGAUAGCUCCCAGCUCACCCAUCAGCAGAGCCCGUCCCCUUAUAAAAGCCCUGUUUUUGCUCAGACAGACCCUAAAGGAAGUAUUGAAUUGACUAAGGACAAGGUUAGCUGUACCUCUAAAGAUAAUUUUAUAGGCAAAGUAUGCACACCUAAUGAAGAAGAAGACUCAGAAAAAGUUAACGAAUCUUCAAGCCAUAAAAAACAACUUCACGAAAGCAGGGAUCCUCGAAAACGCCUUUCACUCUACAGGAAGUCUCAGCCUUCACCUCACACUUCGGUGCCUGAUGAUGGUGUUGGUCCAGAGCAGGAAACUGUACAGCCAAAACAGUUGAAGGAUGACCCCGGUCAUAGAGCCAGCUCAAAUGCUGUUCUUGAAAGCCAAUCUGUGGAGGAGUUCACUAGUCACAUGGUCCUGCAUUUGUCUGAUGAUGAUGAUGAUGAUGAAGAGGAGGAGAAGGUUGUUGAUCCGAGCCCUGUCUUCCACCAGGAGCAUGUUCUACAUCCAGACCAUUCAAGGCUCUCUCCAACCCAGCCCUGCUGCUCCCCACCUACUGUCACCACUACACAAAACUGCUCCUGUACACCUGGUCACUCCACACAAGACUCUGAUUCCCGGCAUGUAUGUGUUCGGAGGAAAUUCACCUCCAAGACCACUUAUCCAGCCGAGUCUGACCAGCUAGAAGUUGGCUUCCUCAAAAAACCUGCCUGUGAUUCUAAACCUACACACCUGAUGGAAGGGAAAGGGAAUGGUCUGGUGUCAUAUUACUGGGGAGUCCCCUUUUGCCCCAGGGGGCAAAGCCCAGAUGAUUAUACAGGAGUUAUCCUCAGCCAGUUGGAGGUGUAUGAGAAGAGUCUGAAAGAAGCCCAGCGCCAGCUCCUGCACAAAGCAGAGUGGAGUCUGCCACUGUUCCCAUGCCCAGCAGAGAGGCCAUUUGGUAGGAGAAUGAAGCGCCACAGAGCCCCUCAGCUUCUGGAGGAGGAAGAGGAUGAAGAGCCAGAAAAAAUGGUGGAAGAGAAAAAGAAAAAAUUGGACGAGGAAGAGGAGGAGGACAGGGCAGAAUCCCGGGGAGGUUCAGAAAAAGAAGUGGAACAUGGACAGAGUGAAACAUAUGUGGUGGUGUCCUCUCCUGAGACGCAGGUGGAGCUUGCGCAGAACUCCCCUUUGCUCAUUGGACAACAUGGGUCUUUAGAUGCCGUUAAACCUUCCAGAAUCUUUUAUAGUUGUAGGAAGUCUGGUCCUCAGGAUCUUUCUGACGACACCCAGAUCCAACAGCCUGAUGAGCAUGAAGACAUACAAAAUGAAAAUUAUGAUGAGGAGAACACUGUGUGUCCAGAAACUCAGAUGACUGAAGACAACACACCAGAGCUAAUGGUGACCAGUCCUGCGCAGCCGCAGUCACGGGCAGAGAGUGAGGUAAUGGAGGUGGAUGAAGGAGAAGCUGCUGAAGAGGAGAGAAUGGAGCAAGAGCAGGCAGCGGAGGAGGAGGAGCAGCAACAAAAUGAGUCAGCACCUGCUCAGAGCCAGAAAGUGGAAUGCCCCAUGUGUUCUCGCCUCUUUCCCAUCGGCAAGAUCGAGGUGCAUGCUGCCUACUGUGAUGGCAACACAGAGGACCAAGAACAACAGGAUGACCUUUCACAAACAGUUACACUGCGCAAGAGGACCAAAAGAAUACCAACGGAAGAGACCUUGUCGGGAUCGGAGAACAGGUCAGAGCAGCGAGAGAAAUGCUACCUGUGUCAGAAGUUUUUCCCAUCCAAGCAGUACAGCCAUCAUGUGGAAAAGUGCCUUCUGCAGAAAGGACCCAGAAAUAAUCAGGGAAACGGUUUGCUCUCUGCCCUACAUCAGGCAGAACGAGUGCAUUUAGAUGAUGAUGAUGAUGAUGACGGAGCUGGACCGUCUAAUGUUACAAACAAAAACCACGGUGGCCUUGCAGACUCGUCAGAGGUGGCUGAAGCUGGUGGAAAUGGAAACUGUCCAGCAUCAGGCUUUUACGUGAGCUCGUCUCCCAUCAAAUCCUUCACCUCAAUAUCCGAAGCUGCAGACUGCCUCAUAGACUUCCAGCAGCAGUACUCAGCCAGGUCCAGCCAAAGACUUGGGAGGAAAAGGAAAUUUAAGAGAUAGCAUCUCUAUGCUCUAUAAAUAUGCUUUAUAACACUGGUGUCUGCUUUUUUAAAUACCAAGUCUUUUUUGUACACCAUUUUAUAAUUAUAAUGUACAAAUACAAUUAAAUGUUUUCUGUAAUAUUAUAAAAGGUGCUUUACCAUUCCAUCUUUAUACUUGGUUAUUUUGAUGUAUGUCUUACGAGGUAAAAAGCAAGGAAGGAAAAUUUGCUAAGAUUUAUAAUAUAAAAUAUUCAUAGAAUGGGUUUUAAUUUAAAUAAUUUUUGUCCUGCUGUGACAAAAUGGCCAGAUGCAUCUUCUUGGAGGGGAAAAUUACAUUUUUAAAGAAUUUAUUGGUAAUGGUGAUGGACUGUUUUCAUUGUGGAGGUCUUUGAAUGCUGCAUCAACCCUUAUCCAGUCCAUUCCAGCAUGUCCAGUGUGGUUAUUGUUGUAAUCUUAAUUCAAAAGGGGUUAUCAUAGCCAAACAAACAACCUUGAAUGCUGAUAGUUGGCCAAUGUGAAUAAAGGCUAAUUUUGGGAAUUAA